AUGAUGAAAGGGAUAUCAUUUUCUGAGUCUAAUAGUUUCCAACCAAACAUUGAAUUCAAUCGAGCCAAGCCUCCGAUCAUCUUUGUGAACCCAAUCUCAUCUCGAUCUUACCUCCGGUCUCUGAGAAGAUCCCUCCGUGUUCAAUCACUCUCCGUCGACUCAUCCACAAACCUGAACGCUAAAUCAACAAUUGACCCCCACGCGCCGCCGCUGGUGGUUGUGGGAUCAGCCGACAUAUCGAUAGAUUACCGAAAUAAGGCGAAACGAUAUCAGCCAAGACAGGGCAAACGCUCGCCGGAGGAAAAGGCGCGAAUCAGGCGGUCUGUGGAGCUAAGCUGCUUUAUCCAACUUACUUGGUGGGAGGAGACGACGGGACACGCGGUUGUGAUGCUGCAAGAGGACGGUCAGAACUCCGAUUAUUAUAGUAGGUGGUGCUUUUGA